AUGACGUAUGAUCCGUGCAAAGCCAACAUUCACAGCAUGUGUCCGUUGAACAAUUCCGUACCUAUAACGGCGUUUGCAGCUAUCCCCCUUGCUCCGCACGAUGUAUCUGGCAUUCCCUCAAUCGCAUUGGGAAUUCCUGAUCUAGAGGGCUUGGCUCGUCUACAAAUAUUCGCUAAUUCAACACAAACUCAAAUCGGAUGUUUCCAAGCUGUCAUGACGAACGGCAACAGCUUUUCGCAGCCGGAAGCUGUAUCAUCUUUUCUUGGAGUGAUGGUGUUCAUUGCUGUGCUAGCGUCAUUUGCUACUGCCAUAUAUGGCUUGAGCAUCCCACAUAUGCGUGUCCACUACGCACAUUCAUUCUCGGUUCUCGUCAUUUUUGAGACACUGCAGUCCAUGUUCUUCUCUGGUGCCCUGUCCGUCAAUUGGCCUAGCGUACUUCCCGCUUGGUGGAGCAAUUUUGCAUGGACAGCAGGCAUGUUUGCAAAUAAUCAAAUUGUUCGCUCAGUGAGCUCCUUUACGGGCAACAAUGUCAAUAUCACUCAAGUAGGAGGCGCUGGAUCAGUCCAAAUCAAUAAUGGCGGUGGCCUCUUGCAGCAAAUCUACGGACGAUCGUUGUUUGACGCAUCCCUGUUCCAGAACACGGCUGGCCCCUUAAAGUCUUUCACUCAACGGAAUGCAUAUAAUGCAAGCGAUCCGUACGACUAUACUUGGGGCGGUCACCCAAGGACACCUGGUAUGCCCAUGCCUGGCACUUGGCCCGGGUUCAGUGGAACCUUAUCCUUGCUUAACAUUCCUCCAGCUGAAGCGUUUACCAUCUCUAUCAUAUGGCUACUUGUCAUUCUGGCUGCUGUGGUAUUGUUUGUCGUCGCAGUGAAGCUGACUUUGGAUCUCUUGAUAAGACUGAGGUGGCUCAAAUCUGAUGGCUUUGACUAUUUCCGUUCCCACGUCUGGGGCUACACUAUCUCGGCCCUCCUUCGAACACUGUUCAUUGCCUUCUUCACCGUCAUGACCCUCGCCAUGUACCAGUUUUCACUUCGUGGAUCUGCUGGGCCGACUGCUGUGGCGGUCAUUGUAUGGUUAAUCUUCUUGCUGGGCAUUGGAGGGAUCACAGUCUAUGCCUGCUAUUUCCGACUUCGACAUGGAAAGUACGAGACGGGGCCGGAUAGUCUGCGUUUCGAACAGGGCACCAUAUGCGGCAAGGUUCCUUUCAUUGCCACGACGAGACAGAGUAAAAUAGGCGAAGAGGAGCCGAGCCAAAGACCGUAUCUAUUUGGCACUAUGCCAUUCGUCAAGGUCAAGUACGUCGACGACGACCCGAAUAGAGACCCUGUUCACCUGGAUGAAGGAUAUGUGAAGAGAUUUGGUUGGUUGUCAGCCCGGUACCGACGAUCAAGAUGGUGGUUCUUCGCUGUUUACCUUGGUUACCAAUUCAUCCGAGCAUGCUUCAUUGGCGGAGCAGCACGUUCGCCUCUGGCACAAGUUUACGGACUGUUCAUUUUUGACAUCAUUGCCCUCGUCGUAAUCAUGAAGCUGAACCCCUUCGAAAGCAACCGAAACACCGCAGUUGCCGUCUGGAUGCUAUCAAUUUCUAAGAUUGUAACCACUGGCCUGUCCAUCGCUUUCCUGCCCGCGUUCUCUAUUAAUCGAAUUGUCGCCACGGUUCUCGGUAUUAUAAUCAUCGUCGUCCAAGGAUUUGUUGCAAUUGCAGUCUUGGUAUUGAUCGUAUUAGGGGUGCUUUCGACGUGGAUGUCCCUUUCCCGCAACCGAGAAGAAUUCCCGCAGGUUUUGGAACAAAUUCGCAUCAAUUAUUUUGAGCACGCAAAGGCUUGUGCGGACAACUUCCCGCCGAGGCCGAAAAAGUCAAAGACAAAGGAAGAAACGAGUGAAGAGCCCCGUCAGGCCAUGUUUGAGGUCAGAGACGUGCGACGUGCACCCAAGAUCGAAGACGAGGGCGUCGAUAAGUUUCCAGACUUGGAUCCGCCCAACAUGUCAGUCACUGGCGUCGGGGCUAGUGGGCGUCGGAGUCGAGCAAACAGCGCCAGCUCGAGAUUCUCUGUCAGCAGCCUCCCCAGGACCACUCGUGUCCACCGGGCAUCCUGGAGCUCCAAGGACAUUCCCUUGUGGGAUUCUGAAAUGAACAGAGGGGACCAACAGCGUGUGGGCCACUCGCGCGCCAGCUCCCUCAGGUUAUCAGGCUAUGUGGCAGAUGCUCCAGGGACCAGUACACCGGUUCGGAGGCCCAUGACACCACAGCAGGAGAUUUUAGAAGAGCCACAGGUGCAGCAGCCAGACAGCUCACCAACAGAAUACACCGACAGCAGCCAAGCUUUCGAUCCUGAGGAGACCAAAACAAAGGACAAAGAAAAGGAGGGUUCAACACCUGCAACAGAUACAGAGCCUCCAGAGGUAGAGGAAAAGCCAAGAGUGGAGUCUGAGGCGAAGGAGGCAUCAUAG